GGGUGCGAGGCUUUUCCCGAAUUGAUCAGAUCGGUACACACUCCUAACUCUAAUCAUAACCACCAGUAAAAAUUCCGAUUCGGAAUUAGGAAAUUCACCGAUUGGCACGACCAGAACACCUUGAAUCAACCUCAAUUGGAAUUUGGUGGCUCACUGUUUUUCUCUGUGGGCUCUUUACCAGUUCCAUGGACUUUUCGGUCAUCUAUCACUUUGAGAUUAGUAUUCUCCGAGAAAUCUAGUGCACCAGUAGUAUAUUUGCACUUUAUGAUAUGUCGAAAGACUACCACAAGAACCAAUGGAUUUUCAUUCAAGUGGAACGAAAACAGUUAUACUCCAUGUGGCUUGAAAGAUGCAGGACAACGAACCAAAUGUACAAGGGAUCAGCUCUAUGGUUCUGCAAUGCUCCUGAUAGACAUCCAAGUUCAUCUUGCAUUUCUGAAGGUUGGCAUCUAGCAUCUAAAUCCAUCUUCGACCCCUCAUUCUAUUGAAUGUGGCGCCUGUUCUGCAGCUAGCAGUACAGUCUCCGCUUGAUUUUCAAGUCUUCGGUUCAAGUGAAGUCCACCAGACUCAUAUGAUCCCAUAUCAAAUUGACAUUCUCUACGUGAUGAAGAAGUAUAAGAAGAAGCAUCUUAUCCACUUCAAAUAAGCAUCAUCAACAUUAUCAACAUCUUCUCAAUUAUCUUGCAUUCACAACUCAAACGAACAUUCACUCAAGAAUCAAAAUGCGUCCCGUCAUCAUCGCUUCAGCUUUUGCAGCUUUGGCCUUUGCCAAUCCACUUCCCCAAGACAUUGAUCUGGGUGCCAUUGAUGCUCUUCCAGAAGCUGGAGUUUCUGCUGCUCCAGUCGACGUCUCUUCCCAAGUUGUCGCGGUGAAGCCAGUUUCUGAUGCCGUCAUCGAAGGAGCUUCUGUAGUGAAUGAUGUUGCUGCUCCAGAUGGAGCCACUAAAAAGCGCGGUCUUACCAAGCGCGAUUGCGAGCCACAACCGGCAGGCUAUGGCCCAAACUCUAAACCAAAAGACACCGCCGAAGCUUUUUUAAAAGAUGAUCAAUACAAUAAGAUCGCUUAUAAAGCUCCUACCCCACAAGGUUACACCCUUUCCUUCUCUCAGCUCCAAGGUUCUAGCCAGACCACCUCGUAUCUCGGUUACAAGACCUUGAAAUCCUACGACACUGUCGAGUGUGCUCAAUACUGUGAUCAACAAGAUGGCUGUAUUGCCUUCAAUAUCUACUUUGAACGUGAUCCCACUGUUAAUCCUGGCAAGAAGUGUUCCAACCCAUCCUCUACCAUUAACAUCAAGUGUGUUAAGUGGGGCGUCCAAAUCAAGAAAGAGACUGCUACCAAUACCGGUCAAUACAGAGAGGACUUCCACGUCGUCAUUUCCGGAUCCAAUGGAUACAAUAAGAAUUACUCCCCCGAGCCUUGUGACAAAUACAAUGGCCCAGUUUCUCUCGGAGGAGCCAUGCAAGCCCCUCUCGAUCCCACCACUAAGACUGAUACCUACAUGGGCUACAAAUUCUUCUCCUUUGACGAUGUCAAAACCUACGAGUACGGAGUCGUCGCCUGUACAUCCGCCUGCACGGCGCAAACCAAAUAUAACUCUGAGCAUCCUCCUUCUUCUGGCCAUCCAGCUGUCUGUAAUCAAGCCGUCGUCUACGUUUUGAGCCAAAAUAACAAGCCGCAAGGAAUCUACUGCUCCAUGUAUACCGAAGUCUGGGCUCCCAACCACGCAACUAACUAUGGCCAAUGGAGAGGAUCCGAGUACUGGUCAGUUAGCCAAGCAUACUCCUAUAGCAGAGCAGACUAUGAUUCCAAGUAUCCAAAGGCCAUCUGUGAUGUUGGAGGAUGCCCACAGGAUUCCUACAAGGGCGGUAACUGGGGUGGAUGGGGAUCUGAGAAGAAAUAAAUCAUGCGAUUCGUUUUCUUUGGAACAGAUUCACUCUAGCUUAUGAUUUUGAUGAUGGAUAUGACGGACGGAGGGUUUUUGAUGGUUUUUAGUUUAUAUUUCUCUUACACCACACUCCUUAAUGAUUUAAUGAAGGCUAUUUAUUGAUUGGAAGGGACCAGGAGGAUGCGGUUUUUUAAUACGUUUAUUGUGCCUAUGCUAGUAUCUCUAUCAAUAACGGAAAAAACAUGUAUGUUUUUCACCAUAUUUUUUUCUUCCUUGUGAUUUCAUUUUUGCGCACCGUCAAAAUUCCAUCUCAAUAGUGGCAUUUUACA